AUGGUAGAUUUUGACAAGAGGGGAAUGUACGCGGACUACGAUCCAAUGACGCACAUGGCGACUCACUACCGAGUUGUGUCUCUUGGUUCCCACGUCAUGGCUGCCAAACGCCUUCCCAUUUUCCGUUUGCGGAAGUAUGUACGUGAGAGAAUCGUCUGUGACACACUUCGGGUAAUAAUGGAAAUAGAAAUGGCUUUCAUAAAGUCUGCCAACUAUGAUCGAACCGAAUUCAUUUUCAAAGGGUCAUAG